AAUGCUCAGUUGUUUGUUCAGAUCCAGAGAGCAAAUAUGCUAAGAGAGCAAUGUAUAUAGUGGAUGGAAGACCGACAACAACUACUAUGUGCUAUACCAGUACAACAAAUACGAUCCCAGCUGUAACAAACAAAACACCGGGAAAAAAGACUGAGACCUUCACGAGUACAACAGCAACACGAAUAGUGACGACAAUCGAAACAUCUAGACCAGAGACUGAGACCAGCACGAGUGAUGUUCGUCCAGUGGACUGCUGUUAUUCUUUGAAGGACAUCAAACCACCAGUUGAAAACAUUGUGAAAUAUGACAUGCAGGAUCCAUCAUUGUGUGGUAUCAGAGCUGUAAGAUUCUACACCAAGAAAAACAAAGUGGUUUGUUCAGAUCCAGAGAGCAAUUAUGCUAAGAGAGCAAUGGAUAUAGUGGAUGGAAGAAAGACAACUACACCUAGAUAUACCAGUACAACAAACACGAUUCCAGCUGUAACUACAACAAAAAAAACACCGGGAAAAAAGACUGAGACCUUUACGAGUACAACAGCAACACGAAUAGUGACGACAAUCGAAACAUCUAGACCAGAGACUGAGACCAGCACGAGUGAUGUUCGUCCAGUAGACUGCUGUUAUUCUUUGACGGACAUCAAACCACCAGUUGUAAACAUUGUGAAAUAUGACAUGCAGGAUCCAGCAUUGUGUGGUAUCAGAGCUGUAAGAUUCUACACCAAGAAAAACAAAGUGGUUUGUUCAGAUCCAAAGAGCAAUUAUGCUAAGAGAGCAAUGGAUAUAGUGGAUGGAAGAAAGACAACUACACCUAGAUAUACCAGUACAACAAACACGAUCCCAGCUGUAACUACAACAAACAAAACACCGGGAAAAAAGACUGAGACCUUUACGAGUACAACAGCAACACGAAUAGUGACGACAAUCGAAACAUCUAGACCAGAGGCUGAGACCAGCACGAGUGAUGUUCGUCCACCAAGCUGCUGUUUUACUGUGACAGACACCAGAAUACCAGUUGAAAACAUUGUGAAAUAUGAUAUGCAGGAUACAGCAUUGUGUGGUAUCAGAGCUGUAAGAUUCCAUACCAUGAAAAACAUAGUUAUUUGUUCAGAUCCAGAGAGCAAAUAUGCUAAGAGAGCAAUGGAUAUAUUGGAUAAAAAAAUGACAACAACACCUACUAUAUGUUAUUAUACCAGUACAACAAACACAAUCCCAGCUGUAACUACAACAAACAAAACACCAGGAAAAAAGACUGAGACCAGCACGAAUACAACUGCAUCACGAAUAGUGAUGACAAUCGAAACAUCUAGACCAGAGACUGAGGCCAGCACGGUACAAGACUGGGUCCAGGAUUCCAUACAGAGGUUAAACAAAAGAAAAACAACUGAAAAAACAGACCAGAUAGAUUUUGACAAUACUUACUUUUGUUUAAAGAAGGAACAAGCUGAAUACUUCUGUAUCAAACAGCCGCGAAGAAAAGUGAUCGUAGAGAGUGGAGAGCUUUGUUGGCUGAAAGACCUUCCUCAACAUAGACCCUUCAGCCCAGAAGAACGUUUCAGAAUUAGAAGUGAGCAACAGAACAAGAUGAAGUUCACUCUGUUUUCUGCAGUUCUUUUCUCUAUAGGAUGGAUGAGUGUUGUGGCAGAAGGUGAUCCACCAAGCUGCUGUCUUUCUGUGACAGACACCAGAAUACCAUUUGAAAACAUUGUGAAAUAUGACAUGCAGGAUCCACCAUUGUGUCGUAUCAGAGCUGUAAGAUUCUACACCAAGAAAAACAAAGUGGUUUGUUCAGAUCCAGAGAGCAAAUAUGCUAAGAGAGCAAUGGAUAUAGUGGAUGGAAGAACGACAACAACACCUACUAUAUGCUAUACCAGUACAACAAACACGAUCCCAGCUGUAACUAUACCAAACAAAAGACCAGGAACAAAGACCGAGACCUUCACGGGUGAUCGUCCUCCACCAAGCUGCUGUUUUACUGUGACAAACACCAAACCACCAUUAGAAUACCUUGUGAAAUAUGACAUGCAGGAUCCAGCAUUGUGUGGUAUCAGAGCUGUAAGAUUCUACACCAAGAAAAACAAAGUUGUUUGUUCAGACCCAGAGAGCAAAUAUGCUAAGAGAGCAAUGUAUAUAGUGGAUGGAAGAACGGCAACAACACCUACUAUAUGCUAUACCAGUACAACAAACACAAUACCAGCUGUAACUACAACAAAUAAAACACCGGGAAAAAACACUGAGACCAUCAAGGGAAAUGGGGGUCCAGAAAGCUGCUGUAAUUUUGUGACAACCACCACAAUCCCAGUUAAAUCCAUUUUGAAAAAUCACAUCAAGUCUCGCAGCAAGAAAGGGCUCCGCAGGUUCCAGGCAGGGGUUUGGCAAAAACAGUGAAAAAGCAGCAUGGCUUUUGUAUAAAGAAUGAGCAUGCUGAAUACGUUUUCACUUUUCUAUCCAACAGCCUACAAAACUUCUUAUCUUUGAAAUAUUUUGUAUGGCUUUUUAUUCCAGUAUACUGAUAUUACAAUGGUGAGUGAAUAACUUUUAAAUCUAACAGUUUAUAACAGUUUAUAAAUCUAACAGUUAUUUUGUCUGUUUUGCCAUAAUCUUUAUAUUCACAUUUUGUGCGAUACCUUGUAUUUUGUGUAUUGUUUUCUUAAUUUACUUAAUCAAAAAUAUAUUAACUAGCAACAUGUACUGUAAUUUUGUUCAUAUUAUAUUUUGCAUGUAUUGUUAUGUAUGCAUGGUGCUGCUAUUGGCUACAUAAUAAAUGGUCAAAUAUAGAGUGUCUGAUGCCUGAAUUAGAUGUGCACAAAACUUUGAGUGAACUAUUAUUUAAUGCAGCAGUCGGAUUACAUCAAACCCUAA